AUGAUUGCGCGUCCACCUGUCGAAACAGCUAUCGAGUACGGUGAUCCGACGAAUUUCUGGGUCGAAUAUCCUACUGGACUCGUUGAUCUGUCGAGGUCACAACACUUGGAUGAGAAGAGUCUGGAACCCAAGGCAUUGGAAGACGCACAGCUCGAGAUUGCGGUGGAUGGGGGGAGGACCAUCAGGAUUGACAAGGCAAAGACUGCGGUCGUGGUCAUCGACAUGCAAAAGAAUUGGGGCUUGACGGAACACGAACUCAAAACCAUUCCUCCGUCGCUUGUCCGCGGGUUCAUGAAGAACGGAAGAGGAGGAUUCGGCGCGGAUCUUCCUGGGAACUGGGGUCGAUUGCUCAUGCGCGGGGCUGCCAACUCUGAUCUAUACGGGCCAUUGCAGGACGAGUAUCUCAAGGGAAAGGAGUUGGAAACUGACGUGUGGAUACAUAAGAAUAGAAUGAGUGGUAUAUGGGGAUACCAGACUGCUCUGGACUUGUAUCUCGAGCAGCACGGCAUCAAGACAUUGAUAUUCGCUGGCGUAAACGCAGACCAGGUAGGUUUACCCUCGCUGUGUAAUAUGCUUAUACUGACUUGGUCUCCACUUCGAAGUGUGUCCUGGGCACGGUCGUCGAUGCCUAUUAUCGCGGUUACGAUGUCGUUCUGA